UCGCACCCCAACCUUGAAUGGAGUUUCUCUCUCUAGACUAGAAAUUCUCUAGAAUAUCUCCGAUAUCUCUGCAUGUAGCUUCAUCUACUUCCUCUCAGCAGUAUUAUGCUUUUUGUUACCAUUAUUUUGACAUACACUACGGUUGGAAGAGCUUCGUUUUCAAACUCACGAUCGAGGUUUUUUUAUUGGCCUCUGUUAGUGAGAUUGGUCUUUCAGGGAAGACAUUUGGUAUGUGAAUGUAGUUUCGAUGUUUUGUGCUCCUUGCUUCACGUUUGGUCGAGAACAUAGAGAGAGCGUGUAAACCUCAACCUUACGCAAAGGUGUAGAUUACAGAUAAAUGGAUAGGGAUGCUUCUGGUGUAGAGGAUGACAAUUUUGAGUGGAACACUGAAGAUGAGCUGGAAAUCAAUGACUUCUCUUUACCUUCUCAUUCAAGCUUGACACCCCCAAAUGGAGAAGCUGUGGUCGGCUCUGGGGAGGCAAGCUCAUCUGCUGGUCCUUCCAACUGCAAGUUGAUUGAUCAUUUCAUAGGGAUGGGAUUCUCUACAAAGAUGGUUGCCAAAGCAAUGCAGGAAAAUGGAGAAGAAAAUACAGAUUCAAUUCUAGAAACCCUCCUCACAUACUCGGCUCUUGAAUCGUCGCCUCAAAGACAGCAUCACAUUGACUCUGAUCAUUGCUCUUUCGAAUGUGAAGGGAGUUUUCUGGAUGAUUUCUCAGAUAUUGAUAGUUGUUCCAACAAUGAGAAAAUCAUGAAUACUGAAUUUGAUGAAGAGGAUAAAUUGUCGUCCCUAGUAAAUAUGGGGUACACAGUGGAUGAGGCUUCACUUGCAAUAGAUAGAUGUGGUCUCGACUCCUCCCUUGUGGAGUUGACAGAUUUUAUCUGUGCUGCUCAAAUGGCUAAGGUGGCAGAUGCUCAUCUGUCAGAACUCCCCCUCGAAGUCAAGCCGAAACUUAAGCAUUCAUGCAAUGAAUAUGCUAAGCACAAAAAAAGGAAACUUUCUGAUUAUGAGAUGUGGACAAAGAAAAAGCAAAACGUGUUUGAGAAGAGGCUCCUUCAUGAUGAUGAUGAGACCAUUCGUCUCCCACAUCCAAUGAUUGGAUUUGGCGUACCUACUGAACCAUGCUCAACAAUUCAUAGAACACUUCCAGAGGCAGCCAUUGGCCCUCCCUUUUUCUAUUAUGAGAAUGUUGCUCUUGCUCCUAAAGGGGUUUGGACCACCAUUUCACGGUUCCUAUAUGAUGUGGAACCGGAGUUUGUUGAUUCAAAAUACUUCUGUGCUGCUGCCAGGAAAAGGGGCUACGUUCACAAUCUUCCAACCCAAGACAGAUUUCCUCUUCUUCCAUUUCCACCACAGACCAUUCAUGAAGCAUUACCCUUGACGAGGAAAUGGUGGCCUUCAUGGGAUAGGAGAACAAAGCUGAAUUGCUUACAAACUGUCAUUGGUAGUGCGAAACUGACAGAGAGGAUUCGCAAGGCACUUGAAGACUAUGAUGGUGAACCACCUCUGAGUGUUCAAAAGUACGUACUUGAUGAAUGUCGACAAUGGAAUCUGGUCUGGGUUGGGAGGAAUAAGGUUGCCCCACUUGAGGCUGAUGAGGUAGAAAUGCUUUUGGGUUUCCCGAGGAAUCACACGAGGGGAGGUGGAAUAAGUCGAACCGAUAGGUAUAAAUCACUCGGUAACUCAUUCCAGAUUGAUACGGUAGCAUACCAUCUAUCUGUCUUGAAAGACAUGUUCCCGGGUGGCAUUAAUCUUCUCUCCCUUUUCUCUGGGAUUGGUGGUGCCGAAGUAGCCCUUCAUCGGCUUGGCAUCCCCCUUAAGAAUGUUGUGUCGGUUGAGAUAUCAGAGGUAAACAGAAACAUCCUCAGGUGCUGGUGGGAGGAAACAAACCAGGGAGGGAAUUUGAUUGACCUUGCAGACGUGCAGCAGCUAAAUGGUGAUCGGUUGGAGCAGCUAAUGAGCUCAAUUGGCGGGUUUGAUCUUGUGGUUGGCGGGAGCCCAUGUAAUAAUCUAACGGGUAGCAACAGGCUUCACCGAGAUGGACUUGAGGGUAAAGAAUCUGCCUUGUUCUUUGAUUAUUUCCGUAUUCUAGACUUGGUCAAAUGUAUCAUGACAAAAGCACAAUGAUUUCAUGAAAAUUAAAACAAAAUUAUAAUC